UCGUGAGGCAGCAAAGUAAAUGGCUAGCAAGCAGUCUCUCGUCUCGAUCGGUUUGGCUCGUUCGCCUCUGUCUAUCGCAUUGCCCAUGGACUCGACAGUUUUAAACAAUCCGAACGUUGGAAACUACAUAAAAUAUCUGUUCGUUCUUCACAGAGCCAGCAAGUAACAAGAAGGAAUCUCGCUUGCGUGGUUUGAGACUGCUUUUUGCAAAAAGAAUGCAACGUGACAACGUUAAAACUUUACAAACCACAUAAAAAUAACGGUGGUGGUAAUUUUUUAAAAUUAUUUAUUAAUUUACGUUAGUUCAGUGCUUGAAAAAAGGGAAAAUACUGAUAACAGUGGCCUUAAAUAUAGUUGAGAUUAGCGUGUGAACAAGGAUUCGGAGAAUGAUGUGCUUGCCGGUGAUCGAAUUUCAGAUUGUUACGUUAUCCUGUCGUCCAGGAGCGUGCUCGGAUCACUGCAAAGGACUUUCUUAAGAAAGAUUGACCCAAUAGAGUCUACACUUGGGAAGGGGGCUCUAAAUCGUCACAAACUUGAGAAUGUACUCCUUCCAAAUAUCGCCUAACUUCCUUGCAACAUUCGAUAAUAAUAUAAAAUUUAAUUUCAAAAAUUAAUAUUGUUCCAGGUAGUUCUCCUUCCAUGAACCAUGAAUAUUUACACUUGGGGUAAAGGAUUCGGGGGUAGAUUUUUGACAAAAAUUUGCGGCCUCUUUCUCCUAUGGAUAAUUGCAGUUUUGGCAAUAUUCCAGCUUCGAACUAUCCCUUUGGAUGUCAAUGUGCCACAUUUAAAUAGUAGAUAUCUUUUACAGAAACGUUUAGACUUACUAACAAAGCAUGCAGAUUCGUCUACAACUGAGUCGAUAGAUUUAGAACCGUUUGUAGAUAAAAGUCCAAGUCUUUCCGAAGACAAACUCGUCGAGGAGAUCCAGUAUCGCAUGCCAAACAUCCCCAUAGUCUAUUGGAACCAAAACAAGAACAAACCCAUGGGAUUCAACAACACUUGUGCCUUGUUCCCUAGCAUGUUCGAUCUGGAAUACAACAAUAUUUACUGGCAAACCUUGAGGACUAGUAACGGUACUUUUCAGCUUUUAGGUGCGUAUUUAGACGUGCGGCCCAAUAAUCGUUUGGGUCCAACGGUCAGAAUUCUGGGCAUGAUCGAUAGGAUCGAACCAACCGUAACAACCUACUGUCAAUUAUGGUUCGAUAAACGUAAGGAACCAGUGGUUGUAAAAACCUUCGAAUACAAAUACAUCUGGUACAAGAAAUGGGGCAACUACAAGCAGGGCAUUUAUCAACCAUAUCUGAUAGCGUGUCCCAUUCCUAGUCCCUUCAAGGAUAAAAUCCCUCAGUCGGUUUCAGUGGUUGAGAAGUUCUGCGACACUUCAACCACCAACCUGAGGGUAAUCUACAACAAGCCAGAAGAGAAAAAAGACUUUGCAGUUUGUGUCAAGGGUCUCGACUUCCUUCACGAAGAUCUAUCUGUCCGAUUGGUGGAGUGGAUCGAACUGUUGAAUCUUCUUGGAGCCGACAAGAUAUUCUUCUACGAACUCCAAGUCCAUCCGAACAUCAGUAAGGUACUGAAGCAUUAUCAGAAAGAGGGCAAGGUUGACGUGACCCCAAUCAAUUUGGCCGGCGGUCAGCCGAACGGACCGGCAUUUCAACAUCUCUAUCUGACCAAGAAGACCAAUCAUAAAAGACAAAACGAAGUGGUGCCUUACAACGACUGUUUUUACAAACACAUGUACGAAUACAAGUACAUUGCCCUGCUCGAUAUCGAUGAGGUCAUAAUGCCUGUUGAGGGAACCUCGUGGAAGGGACUGAUGGACAAAGUUGUGCGAAAGGGACUGAAGAAUAACGAAGAACCCGCGUCUUACAAUGUCAGAAAUGUUUAUUUCUUGGACGAUCUGCUUCAUGACCACGGAUGGUUUAAAGAUAUUCCUAAAUAUAUGCAUAUGUUGCAGCACGUGUACAGGACGAAGAACUUCACAAAACCCGGACAGUACGUGAAGUGUUUUCACAACACGGAGAGAGUUUUGGUCCUCCACAAUCAUUUCCCUCUGGCUUGUUUGGGCGGAGCUUGUAGAUCUUACGCCAUAGAGACGUCGGACGCCCAGAUGCACCAUUACAGGGCCGAUUGUGUGAAAACGCUUUCAAAGGCGUGUAACGACUUCAAGAAGAACAGCGUUAUGGACACGACGGUUUGGAAGUUCAAGGAUCCUUUAAUACAACGUGCUACAACCACUUUGAGGACAUUGGGGUAUUUUGGGACGGGGAAAAAGCUCGACGAGGUUAGGUGAAGGUGGUGAAACCGGUACUUUUUUCUGGGAAAUUUCAGUGAUACAAACUAGUGCCUGCUCAGACUGAUUUGCUCAACUAUUAACCCACUUUGAGUUCCUCAUUCAUUUUCUUUUUUUCGUAUGUUAGUGCGAUUCGAUCUUAAUCUAUUUAUUAAUUAUCUGGUCUUAUCAAUUAGUUAUUUACGAGUGUGAUUAGUAUUCAAGAAAUCAAAUGGAGUUCUGUGGAACAAAAUUAAAUGGAAAACUUAAACCCAAAAUGCUGCAUGAAAACCUUUACGAGGAUCCAACAUGUGGCGUAUUCUAAUUAAAUUAAAUAUUCCCCUAACGAGGGGCUGUUUUGUGUAGAGGUCAUCACGAAGCCACACCAUAAACAUAUUUUGGAUCUAUACACGUUGGUGAAGCUAUUAAAUCAUCCUCGUGUACGUAUGUAGCACUUCAGCGCACGCAAAAUUGAUUUGUGACCGCCUGCAAACAAAAAGAAAACGCCGGCAUUUCAGGUUGCACCAAAAGACUGUCCCUACUUACGUAUAGGUUUUUGUAUGACACAUGUUGGGUUUUAGUGGCUCAUUUUACAAUUAGUAUGUUAAGUGUUUUUGUGAUAUACCAAUGUAUGUUAUUGUUAUAGGGUCCUUUGGCUUAACCAUACAAUUAUUUGCUAUCGGUUUUAAGGGUUUUUUUGUUUGUUUCUUUUUUUUCAAACAUUGUCGUUAAUUUUUUCUAGAUCGUAAAAAAUUUGCGACCAUGUCGAGUUUUCUGGUAUGCUUAGCCUUUGGACCUAUGCGUAUUAUAUCAUAAGGUUGCUUUAACAAGAACUGAAGAUAAUAAAAAUAGUUUAAUCCUUUUUCGUUCUAACUGAAACAGUAUUUUUAAUGCAUUUAAAGGAAAAACAUAAUUCAGUAGAGUGUGUGUCUUUUUUAGUACGAAAACUGUCUUCUUUUGAAUAAACACCAUCCCCUUUGCCUUUCAUC